GAGCCGGUAUUCACUGAUGCCUUUGAGAACGGCUUUCGCUACUAUGUGCACGCUCCAGAAACCAUAUCGUACCUUGUUUCAGAAGGAAUAAGUGUUUCUCCAGCAACCCGUGUCUACUCAGCCAUUACAACAAACAGUGUGAAGAUAUUUAUUUUUCUUAUUGCUGUUCGUGCAUCUCAUUUUAUUCAUUUCAGUACGUCUUGCUACCACGGGAAAAAUGGGGCAACUGCACAUCAGAAUGGCCGUCCCAAUUGAAGUGUGAUUUGCCAUACUCGGCGGUGAACUGUGACUCCAAAUGCAAAGCUUAUUACUUCUAUUCCGAAUGCGGAUGUAGUCCAUUCACUUACAACAUCGAUAACGCGUAUCCAACGUGUUCUCCGUUCGAUACUGUGCGAUGUAUAGACGAGCAUAUUAGGCCUACUAGUGAUGGUAGUGACAAUUACAAGAUCCCCAAAUGCAAAGUGUGCCAAGUCGAAUGUCAGAGCAUCGUUUAUCAUGCCUACAACUCUUAUGGUCAAGGUUUCAGUAACAGUGCAUUGGCAUGGCUGCAAAAGAAGAACAGCUCAUGGAGCAAGUCGCAUAUGAGGUCAAAUUUUCUGACGAUCAAUAUAUUUUUUCGGGAUAUGUCGUACACCGAAUAUGUUCAGGUGCAAGGAACAUCCCUCACGGAAACUCUUAGUGACAUUGGUGGAAACAUGGGCAUGUUUUUUGGAAUGAGCCUCAUCACACUGGUUGAAGUUGUUCUAUAUCUUUCAAAAGUUGGAUGGAUAACGAUUUCAAAAAAAAGGAGAGACUAUAUGUAUCAGAAGGAAACAAAAGAAAAAGAGCAUGAGAAGCAAUUGGAGGAGACAGUAAGUGGCUUCAGGCUGUUUCGGAAUCAUAAAGUAGGGACAAUUGAAAACGGUGCCGUAGCUGCCAAACUUCAAGCCCUAGCUGAAGAGAAAGAAAAUUCCUUCCCAGUGAGAAUUCCUACUUUUCUCUCUUAA